GAAUUCUAAAAUGUUUAAUAGUACUGCGCUGUCCAUGGAAUCAAACGUACCUGAUUGUGACACCCUCGUGCUGUAUUUCAACAUCUGAAACCUGUAGUGGACUCUACAACUUCAAAAGUAACAUUAAAGUCGGAUCAUUUCGUAAUAUAAGGAUUCAGGCUCUUUUACAUCUCCGGAAGGAAAAAAAGCUUGGCAAUGCUUGCACCGCAGUUUUUCGCAGCCGUGACAAGUACUAUACUAGAGGCGAUUUGCGGAUUCCACGUCAGUUGGCCAUCGUCGACGUUGCCGAAACUAUUGGAGGAUACUUCUGUCCCAGUAACAGAGGAUCAGGCCUCCCUGAUCGUUAGCAUAUUGGGGAUAGGCGCGAUUGUAAGCCCGAUUGGCGUAGCUUCAACGGUUGACAGAUGGGGAAGAAAGACUACAAUGAUACUUGGAGCGAUUAUAGUGUUAAUUGCAGGUAUCAUAACCACCUUUGCUCAAAGCUAUUGGUGGUACUAUGUCGCAAGGUUUACUGGCGGAACUGGUAUGGGAUUUAUCUAUGUAGUGGUUCCGAUGUACCUCGGAGAAAUUGCACAGGACGCAAAACGUGGGGGCUUGAGUAUCUUGAUGGUGAUUUUGUCUAACUCAGGAACUGUAUUAGUCUACAGUGUUGGACCUUGGGUUAGCGUGUCUGUUCUUGGAGCAUUCGGAAUAUUGAUGCCAAUCGUGUUCCUCUUGCUCGUUCCGUGGAUACCGGAAACACCUUACUUUUACGUAAUGAAAGGUAAGCUAGACCUCGCCAGGAAGAGUCUAGAAUUCUUGAGGGGCACAAGGGACGUCGACGAGGAGCUUCGGAAAAUCGAGAAGAACGUGGAAUUUGAUCUCCAAAAUGUCGGGACAUUAAAAGAGCUUUUAACUGACAGGGGAAAUCGAAAGGCACUACUGGUCACCCUCGGAAUCUUCACCGCUCAACAAUUAUCCGGCAUUUCAGUCAUCAUGUCUUACGGUACCACAAUCUUAAACGAAGUUGACUCCGACAUCUCUUCCAGCACUGCCAUCAUCAUAACUGGUUUCGUUCAACUCGUCGCAUCCAUCUUGAUAGCCACUUUUGCUGACAAAAUUGGCAGGAGACCUUUGCUACUUGGAUCUAUGUUUUCCAGCAUGGUAUUUCUGACAGCACUGGCAGUGUACUUUCACUUGAAAACUGAUGGAACCGAUGUCACUGGAAUUUCAUGGCUACCGGUGACAGCAGUGAUCGGUUACUUAUGCGCCUACACCGCAGGCUUAGGAGGCUUGACUAAGUCUGUUAUGUCUGAGAUAUUCUCGUGUAACAUCAAGGCUUACGGAACGAUAAUUGUUGUCAUAUGGACCGCGCUUCUUUUCGCCAUAAUUUUGCAAGUGUACCCAACCGUAGCGAACGAGUACGGUAUCCACAUUGCAUUUUACGGGUUCAUGAUCUGCUUAGCAGUUUUGAGUAUCACCACGUUUUUCUACCUGCCCGAAACCAAUCGAAAAUCAUUGGGUGAAAUUCAAGAGAUGCUGCACAAGCGAUCCAAACCCAAGAAGACAACGCAACCACUUCCUACACCCGAAUGGAGCCCAAAUAGUUCGGUAUAUUGUAUUGCUGUCAAGAAUUGAAUUAACUAGCCAUCUGAUUUAAAGAUAACGUUUGAUUUUUAAUACAAAUA